GUUUAAAUAGACUUUCUCUUGUGGGUGGAGACCCCUCCUCACCCUGUGUAGAAUCCAGUCACAAAAUGGAGAUUCGGAAUCACGUGGGCAAGUCACCUGCCCAUGCAUGACUCAGGACUUGCAGGCAGCAGCCAUUACCCACGUGCGACCUUGAAGAUCCUCAGGCAGGCUUCUUAUGUGGAUUGGAGUCUUCCAAGCUCUUUGCUCUGUUAAGUUCUUCCUGAUUGAGCAUUGAACUUGCACAUUCCUUUUCCAAGAAGUGACCAAAUGUUCUCACUAAGGCUACUUAGAAGUCAAGCAAUUAUAGAGCCAGUGUUCAUAACUCUGAACACACAAAUGGUGCCUGCACCCAACUAGGAUGAACAGAACCAGUAGAUCAAAACCUUUACACAGAUAUGUUACAUGGCAUGUGUAGCAAAACCCUAUUCCCGUUAUAUCAUACGUACAUUUAUGAGCACCCCACCAUAAAGCCUUAUGGGGUACACUGUCAGAAAUCGAUUCCUGGCCCCCUGGUUAUUGGAAGCUGGAGGCGGGUCUGCAUGUCUGACUCCGGUCAGGUUCUUCCCUCGUCACUCUCCAAUGAGAGCAGGGUGUCAAAACCUAAGGCACAUACUAAAUCAUCCUCACCCAGCCCCCCUAGCUUGCAAGGUGGAGAAGCCAUGUAUUGUCCUGUCUGCGUUGUUUCUCAGUCGCUCACAGAAUCCCUCUUCUCCCUCCUCCUUGGGAAUAGCUCAGCUAUGUGGAGGGCUCUGGACUCCGCAGGUUUAGAAAUAGGCAGAGGUUUAACACUGGAGCUGGGUGUGUGUCACAAUUCCCUUCACCUCCCCAGAUGUCUGCCUCCCCCAGGGUGACUCAGUGACCACGUUCCCUUCCUCUUAGAUUCCACAUUCCCCAACACAACACAGGGACAGGUUCUACCCACGAAAUGUCCUUUCUGACAGAUGCUCUCUCAAUCCUCCACCUAUCCUGAUCUGGUCUGAUUUCACUCCCUGCACAGGAUUUCCCCUUCCCAAACUGACCCAAUCACCCGGCUGGAAUGAGAGGGAGAGCCGUGAGUGCCCAAUCUCCAGGCCAGUGAGGAAAGAGUGAUCCCGAGAGGCGCCCACACAGCAGGUGAUGAGAGAAUGAGUGAGAACGAGGAGGGGAAUCAACAGCAGGAAGUUCCUGGGUACGGGGAAUCACAGGGGACCUCUGUGGGAAGACCGCAUAAGUGCUUAGACUGUGGAAAAAGUUUCAUACGGAAGUCACACCUUGUUGAACAUCAGGUAAUCCACACCGGAGAGAGACCCCAUCAGUGCUUAAUCUGUGGGAAAAAUUUCAUACGGAGGUCAACCCUUCUUGUACAUCAAGCAGUCCACACUGGAGAGAGACUCCAUAAGUGCUUAGACUGUGGAAAAAGUUUCAUACAGAAGUCACACCUUGCUGCACAUCAGGCGAUCCACACUGGAGAGAGACCCCAUAAGUGCUUAAUCUGUGGGAAAAAUUUUAUACGGAGGUCAGCCCUUCUUAUACAUCAAGCAGUCCACACUGGAGAGAGACCCCACAAGUGCUUAGACUGUGGAAAAAGUUUCAUACAGAAGUCACAGCUUGCUGCACAUCAGGCGAUCCACACUGGAGAGAGACCCCAUAAGUGCUUAAUCUGUGGAAGAAGUUUCAUACUGAGGUCAGCCCUUGUUUCACAUCAGAGAAUCCACACAGGAGAGAGACCCCAUAAGUGCUUGGACUGUGGAAAAAGUUUCAUACGGAGGUCAACCCUACUUGAUCAUCAGGCUAUCCACACAGGAGAGAAAUCCCAUAAAUGUUUGGACUGUGGGAAAAGUUUCACACAAAGAUCAAAUCUUACGGCACAUCAGGCAAUCCACACUGGAGAGAGACCCCAUAAAUGCUUAAUCUGUGGAAAAAGUUUCAUACGGAGGUCAGAUCUUGUUAAACAUCAAGCAGUCCAUACUGGAGAGAGACCCCAUAAGUGCGUAGACUGUGGACAAAGUUUCCUACAGAGGUCAACCCUACUUAAUCAUCAGGCAAUCCACACUGGAGAGAGACCUCACAAGUGCUUAGACUGGGGGAGAAGUUUCAUAUGGAGGUCAACCCUACUUGAUGAUCAGGCAGUCCACACAGGAGAGAAAUCCCAUAAAUGUUUGGACUGUGGGAAAAGUUUCACACAAAGAUCAAAUCUUAUGGCACAUCAGGCAAUCCACACAAGAGAAAGACCCCACAAGUGCUUAGACUGUGGAAAAAGUUUCAGACAGAGGUCACACCUUGUUGUACAUCAGGCGAUCCACACUGGAGAGAGACCUCAUAAGUGCUUGAUCUGUGGGAAAAAUUUCAUACGGAGGUCAGCCCUUCUUAUACAUCAAGCAGUCCACACUGGAGAGAGACCCCACAAGUGCUUAGACUGUGGAAAAAGUUUCAUACAGAAGUCACACCUUGCUGCACAUCAGGCAAUCCACACUGGAGAGAGACCCCAUAAGUGCUUGAUCUGUGGGAAACAUUUCAUACGGAGGUCAGCCCUUCUUAUACAUCAUGAAAUCCACACCGGAGACAGAUCCCAUAAGUGCUUAGACUGUGGAAAAAGUUUCAUACAGAGGUCAACCCUUGUUAAACAUCAAAUAAUCCACACAGGAGAGAAAUCCCAUAAAUGUUUGGACUGUGGGAAAAGUUUCACACAAAAAUCAUAUCUUAUGGCACAUCAGGCAAUCCAUACUGGAGAAAAACCUCAUAAGUGCUUAAUCUGUGGGAAAAGUUUCACACAAAGAUCAAAUCUUAUGGCACAUCAGGCAAUCCACACAAAAGAGAGACCCCAUAAGUGCUUGAUCUGUGGGAAAAGUUUCAUACGGAGGUCAACCCUACUUAAUCAUCAAGCAGUCCAUACUGGAGAGAGAUCUCAUAAGUGCGUAGACUGUGGGAAAAGUUUCAUAUGGAAGUCAACCCUUGUUAAACAUCAAAUAAUACACACAGGAGAGAAAUCCCAUAAACGUAUGGACUGUGGGAAAAAUUUCACACAAAAAUCAAGCCUUAUGGCACAUCAGGCAAUCCACACUGGAGAGAGACCUCAUAAGUGCUUAAUCUGUGGGAAAAGUUUCAUACAGAGGUCAGACCUUGUUAAACAUCAAGCGGUCCACACCGGAGAGAGACCCCAUAAGUGCUUAGACUGUGGAAAAAGUUUCACACAAAAAUCAAACCUUAUGGCACAUCAGGCAAUCCACACAGGAGAGAGACCCCACAAGUGCUUAGACUGUGGGAAAAGUUUCACACAAAAAUCAAGCCUUAUGGCACAUCAGGCAAUCCACACAGGAGAGAGACCCCACAAGUGCUUAGACUGCGGAAAAAGUUUCAGAGAGAGGUCACACCUUGUUGUACAUCAGGUAGUCCACACUGGAGAGAGACCCCAUAAGUGCUUUGACUGUGGAAAAAGUUUCACACGGAGGUCCAGCCUAGUUAAACAUCAAGCAAUCCAUACAAGAGGGAAAUAACACUUAGAUUAAAUUUGGGUGUAAUAAUGUCAUUGUAUAUAUCUCUCUCUUUAAAGUUUGUGGUAAACUGUCUAUGAAUGGCUUUAUGGAUAAUUACCUUCUGUUAAUCCAUAUAGUUUUAUUACCUGUGGUGUUUGCGAAAUAGAAGGUUACUUCCAAAACCUAUUGUUCACCCAAGGGCUGCCUGCUGUCGAGAGGCUGCAUAAAUGUGUGUAUACACUCUUGAGAGCUGAUCCUUUUAUCUCCGAUCUUCUUAAGCUUUAUUCAGGGGGCAUUUGCAUCGUAAGACUGAGAUCUCCCGUCCCCUCUGCACUGCCCUGAUAUUGAACAUUUGGACAUUGGACUAGAAUGUGAUGAAAUGAUUCUGAAAAGGACUUUUCAAUUCUAAUGCACCGUCUCUGUGGUGAAACUGACCUAAGGUAUCUAUUUGCGUUUAUAUGUCAAAUGACCUUUGAGCCAAUACUGUCUUUUCUUCUUUUAAUAAAUCGUAGUUUCGUUAACAAGAA